CGUGCCCUGCGCCCAUUCACCCGAUCAGUCAGUCGCGCGUCGGUUUGGAGUUGCUGCAUACAUAGCUUGUUUUAAUUCAAUUAAUUUUUAAUUAAAAAUUAGAUCAACCAUGAGCUCUAAUGAAAAUAACAGUGAAGUGGCAGUAGACAAGGUUGGCGAUGAGAAGUCAGAUGCUAAAAAAGAUCUUAAAGGAGCCAAACGAGCAGCAGAGGAAAAAGUGACAGAGGCGAAAAAGGCGCGAAAGGAAGAAAAUGGUGGUGGAGAGGAUGAUCCACACAGUGAAGAAGAGGAUUUAGAAGGUGAAGGUGAGGAAGGGGAAGAUGAUGAGGAAGUAGAGGGAGAGGAGGGUGAUGAUGAUGAAGAAGAUAUAGAGGGAGAGGAAGAUGAUCUCGAAGAUGAAGAAGUAGAAGAAGAGUUAUUAGAAGAAGAAGAGGAGGAUGCGUAAUACGUUUAGUGUCAGUUUAAGGACAAUGUCACAGUGUAGUUAUCAGUGCAUAUGUGACGCCCGGUAAAGGCCUGGUGUCGCCCCAACUGCCACAGCAAAAGCCUUUGAUACAUCAGUCAACAGUUGAGAACAUGCGAGGCCUUCAAGCUCCCAUCUGAAUGGGUGCAAUUUAUUUAAAUGACAAGAAUGUAAUUAAGUGUAAUCCAGUGCAGAAUUCAAUUUUUUUUUACCAUUUUUAGUUUGAUACCAAUGCUGUAUCAUGAUUUAUUAGUACUGGUUGAAACAAAUAUUUAUAAGUAAGACUUAGUAGAAUGCUGUUGAAUUUUGACUUGAUAAUUAUAAUGUACAAAUGAGUUCUUAAAAGUAAACAUAAGUGAAUCCACUCUGUAUUUAGGUUAAACCCGUUAGCCCCAAUGGCAAAAUUGUGAUAUUUUUCUACAUAGCCCAUUUUCUUUCAACAGAAAUAUAAAUAUAAUAAUAAACCAAUGGCUGUAUCAAUAAUAGAUUUUAAGCAAUUAGGUCACAAAGCACUCAAUAAUCCAUCCCAUGUGUGUGUGUGUGGUGUGUGUACAAAUUUAACUGAUAGUGUUCUAUGCUUUUAUCAAUAGACCUAUUUUAGUAUAGGUAGUGCUAUUUACAAUUCUAUGAUGAUUGACACAUGUAACUUCAACUAUCAAAGGGGAGAGAGACUUCUUGAGCUUGGUUGGUGAAGUGUAAAUGUUUAUAUUACACAAUUUAUUUGAGAGAGAAACAUCACAAUUUUGCCAUAAUGUAGCACAACGCGACGCCGCCGCGCUGCUGCUAAUGACUGAUAACGAGAGCGCGACGGCCGACACCGCACCGAGAUAGCGUCUAUACCCAAGACCGGCCUGUACUUUGUCCAAUUUUUUAUUAGGAUAAAAGCCUCGCCGAGUUGUAUUGUUUCGAUGAAUGGAAUAAGAGAUUUCUAGGUUUAACUAGAGUAGGUUGAUAACAAACGUUAUAUUAGCGAGGGGACGCUUCGGCGUUGAGUCGAGUCGGCGUUGCCUGCGGGGGGAAGGCGCGCAGCGUCAAUGUUCCCCUCCCGCGGAGCGCGUGGCCUCGUUCGAUUUGCCGCGCGCGAGGCGUGGGUCCCCGCGCCCCGCGACCCGUCGGCGUCUGACGCAACCGACUCAUAACCAUGGCACGGCUACGUCGUCCCCACUUGGAAAAUCACUCACAUCGCCACAUCCAUUGCUCAGUCGUUGAAAGGUUGUUUAACCUUACUUGUUCAAUGCAAGCAAUGGGACCGUAGUUUCAUCGUAUUCAUAACCGAUACAUGAAAUAAAUCCACACCUUGGUCUCCCGCUGAAUGCCGGUCACUUGAACAAUAACAGACCCGCAAAUAUGGUUUUAUAUUUUUUUAUCCGACACCUGGCGUGCAGAGGGGAGACUGAUGUGAGUAGCCAUCCGUUUCAGCAACCUAUGACGGAGUAUCGUAAUGAAAUGAAUUAAGUAUAUACGAAAUUAAUUAGAAUUGAUCACAAUAUUAUAAAUUAAUAAUUGUUAGUCCUGAUGUUUUCAUCUUUUUUUAUGAUAGACUAAUGUACGGCUUUGUGAAUACCUUAGUACGAUUUUAAUUUAUUUGUGAUGUUGAACACAAUAUGAUUUUCUACGAUGGACGAAAUGUAAAUACAACCGAUUUGAAGUAAAAUGAUAUUUUGUUU